GAAAUUACGGAAGGCUGUUGACCACAUGGCAUCGGAUCGUCCAAUCAUGAUCCUCUGCGGUGUUCUUUGGGUCAUAGGCAUGAGCGUUUUCGGUGCUGCUGCCGAUACCAGUGUUGAGCCGGAAAUCAAUCCAGGCUCCGCCUUCUCCCAGUCGGAUGGCAAAUCCCAAUUAGAUUAUUUGCGAGGAGUAUCUGCGGGUUUCGUCAACGUAGCUGAUGGCUCAACAGCUCUGCCAGAUCCGCUUAAUCCUCCCUCCGUCACGAUUCAUCGCGCCGAAACUGGCUCCGCUCGUACGACCGAGAGGUCCCCCGCCACUGCAAGUAAUGGAACUUCUCAACCUCAGACAGUUACCUCCUCUACGCCAUCUGCCGCCGACACGGCAAAAAUAUCUACCGGUACACUACCUACUGGAAGUUCGUCCGUAAAGCCUAAGCCGAUCAAGAUGCCGGAUAUUCACGUGUACGAAGUCUUUCCCAGGGUCGACUGCCGAGGUGGCAAUUGCGACGCUGAUCCCACAGAUGAAAUGGGGAAAAGAGACGUAGCUUACCUUGAGAUAUACAGAAGCUCUGAAGAUUUCCUCUUGGCAAGCAUGAAAGAGUACCCAAAAUAUCCACGAAUUGUCGUCAGCGUGUAUUCAAAAAGAUAUGCAAUACUCCCUACAGAUGUUGAUGUGGAGGGGGACGGUUCUGCAGGAUUCGUUCUCCGGAUAGCCAAUCCAGCUGUCCGCGUCGGCCUAAAUGAAAGAUUCGCAACGGCAGCAGACGGUGAUGAAAAUUUAGACUACGUCGACGUACAUAUUGACGAUGAAUUCGCUUAUGCAGGGGAGGGCUAUAGUGUUCCAGGUUUCGGAAUUAACGAAGAAACUGCACCAGCGGAAACUCCAGAAAGUGGAAGCGCCGCAGACCAAAUGAUCAGGGAGUUCAUCGCGUCAGAUACGGACGACGGUUCCAAUUUAGCAGCGCAAGAUUAUGAACAGGCUAUUCUAAUCGAUCCAUCCAGCGAUAAUUUAGAUGAGGCCAGGUCUUUGGAUAAUCUAGCUAACUUGGCAGAGCGUCGUCGCAAGAGACAAGCCUCAGGAUCAGGUGCAGCCGUAUUCCCUGGAGCGGCGGGGGUAGCUGCGGGCGGAGCUGCGGCUGUAUUUCCAGACCAAGCUGGGGUAGCUGCGGGCGGAGCUGCGGUAUUUCCAGGGGGAAAUGUGGUAACUCCGGGCGGAGCUGCGGUAUUUCCAGGGGGAAAUGUGGUAACUCCGGGCGGAGCUGCGGUAUUUCCAGGGGGAGCUGGAGUUGUUACAAAUACUGGCGUUACAUCGGGAAUAACGACUCCAAUAUUUCCAGGAGCUGGAGCGAAUCCUGGCGCUACAUCGGGAAUAACGACUCCAAUAUUUCCAGGAGCUGGAGCGAAUCCUGGCGCUACUUCGGGAAUAACGACUCCAAUAUUUCCAGGAGCUGGAGCGAAUCCUGGCGCUACUUCGGGUUUCAUCGCGGGGUCAUUUCCAGGAGUAGUUGUAUCGGGAACCAGACCUACAAUUGCAUCGGGAUUCAACACUCCGAUAUUUCCAGGAGGAACAGGAACGAAUCCUGGCGCUACUUCAGGUUUCAUCGCGGGGUCAUUUCCAGGAGUAGUUGUAUCGGGAACCACGCCUGCAAUCACCUCGGGAUUCAACUCUCCGAUAAUUCCAGGAUUAGGCAGAAGGUUUAAUCCUUUUAGAGGAAUUGGAAUACCAUACCGUGUAUUCGUAUCCUCUCGAUUUCCAGUGAACAGACGUUUCCCCUUGUUUAGAGUACCCCGUAGAUUUUUCUGAGAUUUAUAUUUCGUCAACCUUGUCUUUUAAUACUGUGUAUACGAUACCGACGACAAAUUAUUCUUUCUAAUCUUUCGGCGAGGAACGGAGGACUCCUGGUGUUGGCACGGAAUUUCUUCGUAUUGUAUUGCCGGGCUUGUAGAUUUGUAAAAGCAUAAUAUAGCCUUCGCUAAAGUGUAUUUCAUAACUUUUUUUGUGUAGCUCGUACAUACACGGGAUGAAAGUCGACCUUGUAUUAAAGAUUUGAAAUCGUG